AUGUAUGUUUUGCCUAACAAUAAUGUCACUGCUGUCAUUCAUGAAUUCAGCCUCCUGGGUUUCUCGUGUAGUCAAGAAGUAGAAGUUCUCCUUUUUGUUUUGUUCUCUGUCAUCUACAUCUUGACCUUGUUGGGCAACAGUGCUAUUAUCUGUGCUGUGUGGUGGAACCAGCAACUCCACACCCCUAUGUAUACUUUAUUGGCCAACUUCUCUUUCCUGGAGAUCUGCUACAUCAGUUCCAAUGUACCCAACAUGUUGCUCAACUUCCUAUCCAAGACCAAGACCAUCUCUUAUAAUGGCUGCAUCUUACAGUUCUACAUCUUCCUCUCUCUUUGUGCUACAGAACUCUUCUUUCUGGCCCUCAUGGCAUUAGAUAGGUAUGUUGCCAUCUGCCACCCACUGCACUAUUCUACCAUAAUGACUGGGAAAGUCUGUGGAACCCUUGUGUCUGCUUGCUGGGUGGGUGGCUUUCUCUGGUUGGUGACCCCAGCCAUACUUAUCUCCCAAGUUCCAUUUUGUGGUUCAAAUGUCAUUGACCACUACCUGUGUGAUCUUGGGGCAAUGCUGGCCAUAUCAUGUUUACCUGUCCCCAAGACAACUCUGACUUGUAGCAUUUUCAGUGCUGUGAUAACAUUCAUCACUUUGUUCUAUAUCCUUGUGUCCUACACACUGGUCCUUCGAGCUGUGGUUCAGGUUCCCGAAGGUUCAGGUAGGAAAAAAGCCUUCUCCACGUGUGCCUCCCACCUGAUAGUGGUGUCCCUAUUUUAUGGCUCAGUCAUGGUGAUGUAUGUAAGCCCAGGGGCAGCCAAUCAGCCUGGUAUGCAGAAGUUCUUGACCAUGUUAUACUCAAUUGCAACUCCACUUUUAAACCCUCUGAUCUACAGCCUCAGGAAUAAGGAGAUGAAAGUUGCCCUGAGGAAAGUUAUGUGUAAAGUUUAG